AUGGGCCCCAGGCGCUCCUCUGCUCCCUACGCGCCCCGCACGAUCUCCGGCGGCAGUACAGACUGGUUAUCAUAUCAUUAUCGCUAUCGAGGAGUCGGUGGCGUCGUCGUGGCGGCUUUCGUUCGGGGCUUGUUCGCUUGCGAGAUUGCUCAUGUGCUGCUGCUCGUGCUGCUGCUUGUGCUCGUGCUCGUGCUCGUGCUCGUGCUCGUGCUCGUGCUCGUGCUCGUGCUCGUGCUCGUGCUCGUGCUCGUGCUCGUGCUCGUGCUCGUGCUCGUGCUCGUGCUCGUGCUCGUGCUCGUGCUCGUGCUCGUGCUCGUGCUCGUGCUCGUGCUCGUGCUCGUGCUCGUGCUCGUGCUCGUGCUCGUGCUCGUGCUCGUGCUCGUGCUCGUGCUCGUGCUCGUGCUCGUGCUCGUGCUCGUGCUCGUGCUCGUGCUCGUGCUCGUGCUCGUGCUCGUGCUCGUGCUCGUGCUCGUGCUCGUGCUCGUGCUCGUGCUCGUGCUCGUGCUCGUGCUCGUGCUCGUGCUCGUGCUCGUGCUCGUGCUCGUGCUCGUGCUCGUGCUCGUGCUCGUGCUCGUGCUCGUGCUCGUGCUCGUGCUCGUGCUCGUGCUCGUGCUCGUGCUCGUGCUCGUGCUCGUGCUCGUGCUCGUGCUCGUGCUCGUGCUCGUGCUCGUGCUCGUGCUCGUGCUCGUGCUCGCGCUCCGCGCUCCGCACUCGCACACCCUCAAAACCAUAUUCUGGCUGCAUUAUGACACUACGAUAGCUAUCGUACACGAAUGA